AUGGUUUCGUGGUCUAGUUGGUUAUGGCAUCUGCUUAACACGCAGAACGUCCCCAGUUCGAUCCUGGGCGAAAUCAUUUUUUUUUUUUUCACAUCACGCGAGCAAUGGUACAAGAACGCUUAA